UUUGUCUUUGGAGAGGUCGGCUGGAAACUAAAGAGCAGAGAUCGCCUACUACUGAAAACAUGAAGAUUCAUCCUCUAGAAGGGAAGACACUCUCCUGCUAUCUCGCCAGGGGAGUUUGCAAUAGUUUUCAAGCCUUUUGUAUUCACAGGCCCCUGUAUUUCCCCUGUUCGCCCGUUCCCAAGGGAGUGCACACGGAAAGUGGGCUCACUUUUCUGAUGUGACCUUCAUGAACCUUUUAAACAAGGUCUCCUUGCCACUGUCGCUAGGGAUCCACCACCACCAGUUGGACUAAGCACCACAGAACAAUGGUUCCCAUCUUUGUCCAGACCCUGAUGCCAAGUUACAAUAGGAAAAAAAUGCUGCAGGACCUAGAGUUGCUUAGGCUUAAAGAAAGGAAGGAUGUUCACAAUACCCAUGUGGGACAUCAAUGAGCUUCUCACCUCCUAGAUGGAAAAGCCAGACCUUGACUCCCCUCAGCAGCUUCCCUCUAUCCUCCUUUAAUGGGAAAUGACCCCUAAAUAGCAACCUGGGAUGGGUGGCUUUCGCCUCCUUGGAGCCUGGCCUUUCUUGUGAAAGAUGCCCUUGAAUACUGCAGAUCCUGUGAAUACCAUCAUGGGGACAAUACAAUAGUUCUGGCAGCAUUACUGCUCUGGGCGCUGAGCCACUUAAUCUCAAAGGAAUUUCUGUCCCCAGGGUUGGAGGUGUCUUCAUAGAGGUAAUUACAACAGCACCUCUGACCCCAGCCUUUAAGAUAUUUUAGUCUUCUCAGGGAACAAGAAAAACAGUGGAAUAUGGUAAUUACAUGUACACGUGUGUACGUGCACGUGUGUGUAUGUGAGUGCGUACAUGUGUGUAGAUGGCAAACCUUUCAUGUAGGUGGGUGAAGCAAAGGAAAAACUGGCUGGAUGCCAUCCCUGAAAUGGUGGUUCACACUGAGCGUGUCUCAUGGAGUUUUUAUCAUAAAUCUCAACCCAGCCUUUUCUGCUUCUGGACAGGGGCCAUGGAGAGAAACGGUGCUGCCUUUCCCCAAACGCUAGACCCCACGCACGACUUCCACAUUGCACUGCUAGAUCAGAGACAGAGGCUGCGUGGCCAAAUUGCUCACCUUCACAAGGCGGCUCGUAAACUCAGCAAGCUCCGCAAAAGGUCCCUGAUUGCCAAUGUCAGCGGGAGCACCCUGACUGCUGCGGGAGCAGUCACAGCCAUUGUGGGGCUGUCCCUCAGCCCAGCAACGCUGGGAGCCUCUCUCCUGGUGUCAGCUGUGGGCCUGGGUCUGGCCACAGCCGGGGGGGCUGUCAGCAUCACCUCCGAUCUCUCCUUAGUGCUUUGCAAUUCCCGGGAAGUGAGGAAGGUGCAGGAAAUCGCUAUGACUUGUCGGAAACAGAUGAGGGAAAUCCUUGGCUGCCUGGAGUUCCUCCGCCGGGGGCAAGGCCCAGGGGACCCCACACUGCGCCAGUCAGAGAAGAGAGCCUCCAUCUCACUGUACAACUCCGUCUGCUUCAUGGUCUUCUGCGGCUCCCACAGCUUCCUCGUGCCAGACUACACAAAGGAGGUCACAAAAGUGAGCCAGGCAGUGCUGAAGGCCAAAAUCCAGAAGUUGGCUGCCAACCUCGAGACCUGCACUAGGGCAAUGGAUGAAGUCUGUGAACUUCUUGAGUCCAGGACAGAGCUUUCCCAACACACUAGAAGACCCAACUUGGGUGCUAAAAUGACUACUGAGAUCCUAAGACCAUCCAGCUGAAACAGUGUUUGCCCUAUAACUAAAACCAGGCUUGGAGACAUUACAUUAUUAAUUGUCACCAUUAGCAGCAAUAGCUACCUGUUGCUAUUGUAAUAUUGGUGGUGCUAAUCCACACAGGUGCACACAUCUCUCAUGUGCCUUAUCUAUAUCGGAACACAAACUCCUUCCUGAUAGGAAGCUAAAGCUUCCACACACACACCACCAACUGACAGUAGCCACCUGAUUCAGGUUGGAGGUUAUGAUGGACUGUUGUGUACACAGCAGCAGAUCCCAGAGCCUGAAGGCAGGGGCAAGUGGCCGUUCCUCAGGUCCAUGUUGCCCCAGCCAUCUGCCCGGCUCUGCCCCCACCAGGCAGCAAAAAGUAGUGUGUUAGGAGGCUGAUGAAAUCCCUGCAGUCCCGGUGCUGACUGAACCUGGUUUGUAAAUAACUUACGAAUCUAUGAAUGGUAAAAGGGCUGAGGUACACUCAAAGAGCCAGCAGCUGCCAAUUCCUCAUUGAGUACUGUCCUGUUACCAAGGUACAUUUGGAAACGCUGUUGAAGGAAGCAGCUCCAGAUAUGAUAGACUGUAUGGAUAGCUCAUCACCCCCAGGUGAAAUAGCAGGGUCAGAAAUUGUUAUCCCUUUUGAAGAAACCUCUGCAGGCUGAGAACUGUGAUGUCUGUGUUCUAUUUAUUUACAUAGGAUUAUUUUAAGGUUUUGAUAUUGUAUUUAAAGAUGUAUAUUUUUUUUUUUUUUCUUUUAAAAAGGUGGCCUCUGCUCCAAAGGAAAGCAACUGUUCUUAGAGGCAAAGCAAGUCUGUGGCAUGUGAGAGCAAGUUACCUGUUCUUUGGCUGUGAGGGAGGGCAAGCCCCUGUAGAAAAGAAAAGCAUGGCUGGAAUGCUGGUAACUAUAAAAUAGGUGAAACACGGUCAAACAGUGAUGACAGAUCUUAUAAACCAAAGCAGGAGAAGGACAAGUCAGUGACCCGGGGACCAGAGCCUGCCUCAGGGCACUGGUAGAAGAAAGCAGUUAUACCUCUUGCAGCAGGAAGGGAAAUGUAAGUUGGUGCUACUGGUCUGAGCUGGAGCCCAGCUGUGAUGGAAGCGCAUCUGAGAGGUGGAGGUGCCGCUCUCCCUGCAGUCAAGCAGCCUAUGAGACCCACAGUGGUUUGUCUGAGGGAGGAGGCAGCGCUCAUGGAGAGCUACGUAUACUCAUAGCAGGGAAAGGCUUCCUUUGUCCCAGGGAAGGCUUCAUGUUAGCAAAAUAUAUAUUGGUACUAGUACUCAAGAGGGGUGCAGGGGAAUAGGAUGAUUCAGUGGCAGAACACUUAGGAGAAAGGGCUGGGACCCUCUUCCAAGUGACUGUUCUGCUAGAUAUGUCCUUCAUGAUCUUUGACCCCUCAGUGCCUCAAUUCUCUGCCUAAAAAAUGGGAUAGUAGCACUUCCCUACCUCACAAGGAUGUUUCUGGGACAAAUAUUGAAAAAUGCUCAAAUACUCUGAUCAUGGGAAUCACGUCAGCACCUGGAAGAGGUACAAGGAAGAGGCCCCAGAAACUAGAGACAACUAGAGGAGUUAAUGCAGGGAUAAUCCCACCUUCGCAAGUAGCCUCAGUGGAUAAGUGAAACUUCCCUGCAGAUGCAUAUAUCAAAAUGAUUAGAAAAACCCACACUGUAAUUCUGUAACACUGAGCAAACUCUGGGGAAGGGCAACACUUCAGCUCACAAAGCUCGAAUCCUUGUCCUUUUUGUCUCUUCCUUUCAUGACAUCAACAUUUGUUUUUUCACGUAAGAACAAAAGCCUUGGUCCCUCAGUGUGACUCUGUAAUGCCCGUGUCUGUUUACCAUAAAUGAACUACACUGUUGGUUCGAUUAAACGAAUAUGAAGCA